AUGGUGAUCGAUUUGACGAUGGACGGUGCUGGGAUAUCUUUGGGGCAUCGGCAGAGCGUUGUGAUACCUCAGUCGUUCCGCACGGUAGCCUCUUCAUAUGUUCCGACUGUGCCGAAGCUGCACUCUCGUGGGCUCAGAAGUACUUUGGCAGGAGCUUGCGGAAUGAUGGGAGUUCGUCUGGCCCGGGGCUUCCGAAGCAACAGACAAGUGGCACGGGCCUAUCGCUCUGGCGGCAGGGGGGGCGUCGCAAGCUUAUCCAUGUCAUCGCGGUAUGGCCUGGUUUGCCUCGCCGUCGCCUUCUUGGUGAUGUUCAGCUUCUCGUGCGGAGAGUGUGCCAUGGCAGCCGACGGGACGUCUACGGCGCUUUCGCUGGACAGCGCCUCCUUGGCUGCAGGUCUUGGGGAAUGGAUCCGUGGCGAUACUUCAGGGCUCGGCGCCGUGCCCUUCGUCGCUGUUCACAUCGUCGCCAUCAUCCUCUGCUUCCCUGGCACAGCCAUCUUCGAGCUCACUGCUGGUGCGGUCUUCGGAUUCUUGCCCGGGGUCCUCGUGGUGGCAUCUGCUAAAGGGCUGGCCGCGGCUCUCACUUUCUUCAUCGCCCGGGCCAUUCGUGACGGCCCCCCAGGUCGAUGGAUCCAAGAGCGCUUGGACCAAGAGGGCCAGGAAGGAGGCCAGAGUUGGACAGAGAAGCUGGAGAGGGGAGUUCGGCAGGAUGCGUUUCGCUUCUGUCUGUUGGCCCGCCUCUCUCCGGUGCCUUCCUGGAUCAACAACUAUGCUCUGCCUUUGGCGGGGGUGUCUCUCAGCUCAUUCCUCCCGGCGACCCUCCUCGGCAUGCUGCCGCCCCUUGCCUCGAACGUCUAUUCGGGCUCUGCAGCCGCUUCCGUUGCCGCGGCUCUCAGCCGGGGAAGCGGCGUGGAGUUUGACUGGAUCGGGGUGUCCCUGGGCGUUCUGAGCACACUGAGUGGGGCUGCCAUCGUGCAGCAGCUCGCAGCGCUCGCGCUGGAGGAGGACUCUGAGAGACGAUGA